AUGGAAUCUGCGGGAUUAAAAAUCAAAGAGGUUACUAAUUCUGAUAGAAUCAGUAACUUGUCUGACGAUUUGCUCAUCAAGAUACUCUCCUUAGUUCCGGUAAGAACUGCAAUGAGCACAAGCUUGUUGUCUAAACAAUGGAAACCUGUAUGGAAGAUGAUGCCAACACUUGUGUAUGAUGAAACUUGUCCCACCGUUAUUGGUUCCCUUGGCUUUGCCCAAUUUUGUAGCAUGUCUUUACCUAAAGCGCGGCUUCUUAGAACCUUAAUCCUCAAACUUGACAAGAAAGCUGCUUCCAUAGUCAUAGAUUCUCUGUUAUUCACAAACCUUCCUUCCACUCUCCUUGAGAUCUCAAUCACUUCUUUAUCUAAGAAUUAUAUAGGUUUCCCAAAAAACUUUAAAGUUUUCCAAACACUAGUCGUCUCGAAACUCCAAGGCACUAUUACUCUGAAUGUUGCUGUUGAUUCUCCUGUUUGUUUCCAGUCCCUGAAAAGUUUGCAUCUCAUAAGUGUGAUGUUCUGGUCCAAAUCGUCUUUGGGGAUACUUUUAUCGGCUUGUCCUGUUCUUGAAGAUCUCUUCUUCGUAACAAAUGUCAAUACUCGCAUCCACCCUUUCACCAUAUCAGUACCUUCUCUACAGAGAUUACAUAUCACUGACCAUGUCGAUAACGGUGACCUAAAAUUAGAGAUUAAUGCUCCUUCUUUGAAGUACUUAAAGAUCAUAGACUGGAGUGGUUGUAUUAAAUUCGUUAAAGAUAUGCCGAAGUUGGUGGGUGCAAAAGUAAUACUUUCACAAUACCAAGCUGAGAAGUUGAUCAGAUUGCUUACCUCGGUAGAGUUUCUUUCAAUAAUACAUCUACAUCCUUCAAUGGUUCUACCUCUUGCCAAUGGAAUUUCUCAUCGGCUUCUUCGUCUGAAACUACAUAUUUCCCACAAACUUCCGCUUAAUAUGCUUCUGCAUUUGCUCAAAUAUUCCCCUAAACUACAAGUUCUCAAGCUUCACGAGAACCAUUUUAUUUAUACGACCCGAGGGACCGAGGAUCAACUUCCUCCAGUCUCUGCACCGAUCUUAGUUCCUGAAUGCGUAUCCUUCCAUCUUGAAAAUCUUGAAUUUAGAGGCUUUGUAGGAAGAGAGGAAGUGAAAGAAGUCGUCGUUUACAUUCUGCAAAACGCUCGUCACUUAAAAACCGCUUCAAUCCUUAUAUAUUCAGAAGGUUGUCCAGGUGGGGAGAAGGAUGUUGUAGUUCGAGUUAAGAACAUACUCCCUCCCGUUUUAAUUACUUUGUCAUUCUAG